CAGCACUCUGUAAGAAAACAUGUAAGCAUGGAAAAUGUGUAUCUCCUGGUAAAUGCGAAUGCGAUACUGGAUACAGAGGAGAGUUCUGCGAUAAAGAUGUAAACGAGUGUGCCCAACGACCUUGCCAGCAUCGGUGCAUGAACGUCCCCGGUAGUUACCGCUGCUAUUGUGAGGCUGGUAACACCUUACUCGCGGAUAACAGAACGUGUAUAGCUGAUCAUUCCUGCAGUGCAAGUCGUUGUGUAUAUGGAUGUCAGCGUUACGAUCACUACAAAACUAGGUGUCUCUGUCCAGCCGGCAUGCGAGUUGCAGCAGAUGGCUACAACUGCGAAGAUAUCAACGAAUGCACAGAGGGCCUGGUUUCAUGCGGGAGAGACAGACGAUGUAAAAACACAUACGGGGAUUUUAUGUGUAUCUGUCGCCAUGGAUACCGAUUCAACUAUGUCAAUGGAAAGUUAAAAUGCGUGGCUGAAGAUAUUUGUAACAGUGGAGACCAUGAGUGUCACCGGCACGCCACCUGCGCCCUGACGAACUCCAAGGACGGAGGCUACAAGUGUACCUGUAAAAUGGGUUUCAUCGGUGAUGGCAAUAACUGCAUCCGGUUACAUCCACACACAUGUGAGAACCAUCCCUGUUUCGAGGGAGUGGCAUGUACAGAUCUCAACAUCCUUCCCAGCACGCAGCUUAUGGUGUUCCCCGAGAGUGGAGUGAUCUACAAGUAUGAAUGCGGCCGGUGCCCACCUACACAUUACGGCAAUGGAGAAUCAUGUACACCGUUCCCAACAUCGCCACCACCUACCACAACAAUACCCACAACAACGCCACCUCCGACAACGACAGUCGCAACAACAACUCCCGAGCCAACCACUACACCUGAACCAACGACGACACAUGCACCCACGACCACACCGGAACCUACAACAACACCGGAACCGACAACGACUCCCGCGCCAACCACUACACCCGAACCUACAACAACACCAGAGCCUACAACUACACCAGAACCGACAACGACUCCCACGCCUACAACUACACCAGAACCUACCACAACACCAGAACCGACCACAACACCAGAGCCUACAACUACACCAGAACCAACGACAAAACCAGCGCCAACCACAACACCAGAGCCAACCACAACGCCAGAGCCAACCACAACGCCAGAGCCAACAACAACACCUCAACCUACCACAAUCAUACCCACAUCUCCUCCUACCACCCCGGUGCCAACCGGUCUUACCGUGUUGACCAUGGACGGUUCGGCCCAGCAGGCUCUGCUCCCUGACGUCCAGGUUCGAAUAAUCAGACCGACUGUCCAGGACUGGCCGGUGACGACGUCAAACUCGUCGACCACCGAUGACGGUCUCGUGUGGAUGGACAUCCCCGAAGGAGAACCCAUCAUCGUGGUCGCUUCCAAGAAAGGAUACAUGGAGACGUCCUCAACAUACCGCUUCCAACCAGGAGAGAAAAACGUUUUGCCGAUGCUGGUUCACAGGCACCCACUGAGGAAGGAGUUUGUCUGGAUGUCUGGGAUGGAUCGCCUUGUAGAGUUCAGACCUAACAACGUUGGAAUACCAUACAGUGUCGAGAUUCCAGCAGGUAGUCUGGAUAUCCCUGAGGAAAGUAUCUUUGAGGUGAGGUUUUCGGGUGUGAACACGAGUAAUCCAUUGGAAUUAAAAGAGGUGCCUGAGCUGAUUGGUGCAGUAGAAUCUGCAGAUGGAAUUAAAUUGACCGGACUAGAGGCCUUUUCGAUGGCCGAAGUGACGGUAGUCAACACGGAGACCAAUGAUCUUGUCGACGUCAUGCUGCCAUUUGAAGCCGAGUUCCCUCUCAAUAGAAAACCACGAGGUGCUCGUCAUGGAACUCGAAUCCCCGCCUGGUACUUCGAUAAGGCGACAGGCGUGUGGAAAAAAAGUGGUAUUGGUAAAGUGAAACGGAAUCAACACGGGGAGCUUGUGUGGAGCUUUCAGGCAAGACAUUUCACUUGGUGGAGUGCCAUGCAGCCCUGGCCAGAGACAUCCUGUAUUAUCAUCAGAACGUGCUACGACAAGAAAUGCAAACGGAUCGCCAGUUACGUCCCUGUUGAGUAA